GUCUUGCCUGCGCUUGGAUCCUGGCGGCCUGUUGAUCAUUCUUCAAACCUCUCGCUUCAACACCCAUCUUCAGAAGCAAAAGCGCAACUAUGCCAGAGGUGACAACAGGAGUCGGUAUUGCCUUUGCCCUCACGUGGGCCGCGGCGUUCGCCACCUGCAUCGGCGGUCUCGUCAUCUUUAGCGCGUCCAUGGUCAAGAUGGCCAACGCCAAGAACCUCUCGAUCGCGCUCGCGCUUGCCGGUGGCGUCAUGGUCUUCAUCUCGCUCGUCGAGAUCUUCAACGAGUCGGUCGAGCAGUUCAAGGCUGGCAACGCCGACGAGGCUGGCGAGUGCGACUCGACGUGCGAAGGCAACGCGUGGGUCUUUACCAACAUUUGCUUUGCCGUUGGCGCCGGCAUCAUCUACCUCCUCGAUGCGCUCGUGCACCGUCUCUCGCCCGAUCUCAAGGACGAGAUCGACGUUGCGGAUCUCUCGCGCCUCGAGCAAAUCGUCGACGGCCACAUGCCUCUUGUGACGCCCCGCAACGAAGCGGACUUUGAUUUACUCGCCAACAAGGACAAGGCGGCCAUGAACCGCACUGGUGUCCUCACGGCCAUUGCGCUUGCGAUACACAACCUUCCGGAAGGUGUCGCCACGUACACGGCGGCGGUCCACGACCUCAAGGUCGGCGCCACGCUUGCCAUUGGUAUCGCGCUGCACAACAUUCCGGAAGGCAUUGCUGUCGCGACGCCCGUCUACUUUGCCACCGGCAGCCGCUGGAAGGCGUUCUUGUGGGCCUGCGGCUCGUCACUCGCGGAGCCUCUCGGUGCCAUCCUCGCCUUUUUCAUCCUCGGUGACGGCCUCAACCCAACCGUGGAAGGCGUCAUGUUUGGUAUCGUCACGGGCAUGAUGGUGACGCUCUCAAUCAAGGAGCUUAUCCCGUCGGCCGUCAAGUUUUGCCCGGAUGGCCACGCGGUCUCGAUCGCGAUCCUCGGCGGCAUGGGCAUCAUGUCGUUGAGUCUCAUCCUCUUUGCGUACGUCGGCGUCUAAGCAUACGCACAUCUAAUGCGAUGUCCGCUUUUGUUCUCACAAUAUUCUUUUUCCUUUUGCCAGCAGCAGCCAGGAUUUUCCAGUAUAGAUCGGGUUCCUCUUCACCGUGUUGACACUGACGCGGGCGCAUAGGCGAGAUCACCGCCGUGACGAAACCCGUAAGCGGCAGGAUCUCUUCUAACCGACUAGGCGAGCCGCAGAUGACAAGUCGUGGUCGCGGCUGAUCCACGUUCGACAGAGAAAGUUCUCGUUGACAUCAAGCGCACGGUGUCGACGCGACCGCAAUCCCAUUUCGUGUCCGUGCUCCCUGCUGACUACCUACUGCACCGCAUUUGCUACAAAGUUGACCUUCAGUCCUAAGAAUAAUGAAUGGACAUGCUCACGCGCA